GGACGAGCAAGGCAGCGCUGCAACUUCCGAAUGGUUGGUUUCUUUCCAAGUUCCACCCAUUGCUCUUUGGGAAGAAGGCUUGCAUGACUGCACCGAUCGGCGAUCAGCAUUUUCUUGAUCAGGCCUUCAGCGUCCACAAGAAGAAGCACUUCUGUACCCGAUCACUUCUGAAGACAUUCCAACGUGCAUGUCAUAUUCGUAGCCAUCUCUUCACUUCUCGUCCUCGCCACCACUCUUCAGCACGGUGUAAGCUUUUUUGAGAGCGUUGAUUUGCAAGCAGCGAAGGCUGAUCUGCAAUCGCUUGAUCUGCAAAACAAGGUUGAUCCCCGCCUGAUCAUCCAUGGCGUCCGUCCAGACCCUGCGCUUCCAAGCGCAUGCCAGCCAUGCACUGCAGAGCGCUGCUGCGCGCAGCGGCAACCCCGCCUCCACGUCAGAACCUGUCACACCCGCUUUCAGAACAUUCUCCUCAGCACACUCCCUCUCCAGUAACGCUUCCAGACUCCGCGUGUACUCGUCGACUUCAUCACCUGUCAGCAGGCGCCAUGCAGGGGCAAGGGCCGCCGCAGAGGAGGACAAAACAGCUGGCACCACCCCAGAGGGACUCCCAAAACCUCCCCAGAAUCCGGACGGGUAUGGUUUGGGUGGUCCUGGAACUUGGUUUGGGUUUGGGAGGAAGCAGGAAAGGGAGGUCGGCCGGCUGGCUAUGAUGGGUUUCGCGGCUGCUCUAGUGAUGGAGGUUGUCACUGGCAAGGGAGUUUUGGGCCAGCUUGGCCUUGACACCGUCGCUAUCAAGGGCCCCCUCCUCUCUGGCCUCCUGUUUUUGACCGUGGCUGGUUUGGUUGGCGGCUGGACUGUCAUCCAGAACCCUCCUGAUGUGAACAAGGCGCCUAUCAACGAAGGUGCUGGGGCUCCCCGGGAUCCCGCCAAGACCUUCGAUGCCAACACCCAAGACCCGUACUGGACCUAUUCCAGGGGUGGUAUUGUCGACCGCAAGGACGGGCAGAAGGGAAGAGAACCGUUUGUGUCUGAUCUGGAUGACAAGUAGACAGUUACUUUUCGAGAUACCUUGUUGAGAGGUAACCACUUUUCAGGAUCGGACCACAUAGAUAGCAGUGUGUGUUUUGAACGAGCUUUUGGAUGAUGGUAGGUUUAAUGCGGAGUUGAAACGUGUUGCUUCUGAUCAAACGAAUACUUGCCAAGUUUGCAGCUGGAGAUAUGAGGGAAAUGACAUCCUUGUAGAUAGGGAUGCUUGUGUGUAUGUUUAAUCUCUUAAAGGUUUGCAGUCAGUAGCACCUCACUUUCACAAAAACGUACGGUAUCUCAUAUUCUGGACAUUGUACGUGAUUUGUGUUUUAUCAUGAAG